AUGCCAAGACUCACCUUGUCUACCUUUUCCUUUUUUCAUCAACUUGGUGAGGAGCUGCCAACUUGCACCAUGAGGCUGAGGAGGCCUGCCUCAGUCCACUGUGGCCAGGAUGUCUGUGCUCCGUGUUAUAGAAACCAUCUCACCCCAGUCUACCAGACACCAUGCAAAACCCAGUGCCACAAACAGUGUAGGCAGAAGGGGCUCUUCAGUCUGGGGGAGAAAAUGAAACUGCUGCCACAGAAGCUGCAGAGUCCUGCAGUGCAUGAAGCAUGUGACAUGAAGGCUGAGCCUGUGCUGCUGGUGCAGAUCAGUGCUUUUGGGGGCCUCAUCCUGAGGAUGCAGGCUGUCAACCACCUGAAGGACUGUCUGGCCAGGAACAUGCCCAUCUGCCUUCUUGCCAUCCAUGGGGAGCAGUGCUCAUGGAAAUCUUUCUUCCUCAAUCACUUGCUUCAGGGCUUGCUAGGCCUGGAUACUCAUAAGGGCAGUUGGCCUAGAGGACAGGGGCUCAGGUAGGAGGCCAGCAGCCUCACCAGAGGCAUCUGGAUGUGGAACCACCCUUUCCUGGUGGAGAAAGAAGAGAAGAAGGUGAGGAGGGUAGAAAAGGUGGCCGUGUUCCUCGUGAACCCAGGAGGUCUCAUGAAUUCUGAACCAAGCAAUGAGACCAGGACCAAGCUGUGCACUCUUGCUGCCGUGCUGAGCUCCUACCAGGUCCUCAACACAUCCCAGAAACUGAAGAAUAAUGAUAUGGAAUACUUAUUUGUCCAUGUGGAUGAAGUGAUGGGCAAGCAUUAUGGGAUGAUCCCAGUCCAGCAUCUGGAACUUGUACUUCACAACUCAUCUCAUCCAAAAAAGGCAGGGCUGGGACACAUGAAUGACAUUAUCCAGGUGAGAAGAACAGAGGAAGGGCCUUCCUGGCUUAGAGAGUGGAGGCUGUGGGCAGGGCAGACUAUGGAGGAAGUUAGAAGAAGUUCUUACAAUGAAGGGCACCCAAGGGAGGAUGCCAGCUACCUUUUUCAUGCCUACAUCCUGGAUGUGUUGAAUACGGCCCCUCAGCUUGCCAAGAGCCACUGCCGUGGACCCUGGCAUGAAGGAUGGGGCCUUCCCCAAGUGGACAGAUGUCUGCUUACUGGGCAGCAGUUAGCUCAAGAAAUCAAGAACCUCUCAGGCUGGAUGGGGAAGAUGGCACCCAGCUUCACCUCUUCAGAGGAAGUAGGGAGAAUGAUGAGGGCCCAAUGACAAAUGGAAGCUGCCAAGAAGGAGUCAGAGGAAUUCUUGAGGCAGCAGGACUUGAUGAGAAUGUGCGUAUUCUCUGCCCUCUGGGUGCUUCCUGACACCAUGAGGCACCUGCUUUCUGCCCAGAGAGAUGCUGUCCUGGCUUAGCACCAUGUGGCCUUGCUGUGCCGAGGGAGGGAGCCAAUCUUGGAGACCAUGUAGGGGGAGCUGCAGGCCACAGCUAAGGUUCUCAUAGACACAUACACAGUGUGGCUUAGCAGCUGCCUAGCCACUGUUGGGGAUGCUUUGGGUGUUGGGUUCAUGGGCCUGGUGGGUGGAGUAGUGGGUGCAGGCAUGGCAGUAGCAGCUCUGGCUGCAGAGGCUGUCAUGGUGGCAACUGGAGCUGUGGUGGGAGCCACGGGGUCUGCUGUGUUGGGAAGUGGUAUGGGAGCUGGGUUGGCUGCCACUGUGGGUUGCAUGGAUAAGAAAGAGGAUGAAUGGGUGCAGGAAGGGGAUCAGGAAUCCCUUCUCCAGGAUGAGUAG